CAGAGAGAAAUGGAGGGAGCUAGCACUGCACUGGGCCCCAAAUAUAUUCUCGGACUAUCCGCGUACUUCCUGACCCGCCGAGACCUACCCAACUGCCGACGCUACGCUCUCGAAGCCCGAAAUUCCGACCCGAAGAAUUCCUCCGUCGCUGACCAGAUCCUUGCCGUCGCCGACGUCCUGCUCGCCGCCGAGCGCCGCCUCGGAAACGGCCUCCUGGACUACUUCUCUAUUCUCCAAGUCCAUCGCUCCGACUCAGAGAACUGGGAGCUCAUUUGGACCCAGUACGAGAAGCUGGCGACCCUCCUGAACCCGACCGUCAACAAGUUCGCGUUAUCGGAGGACGCCCGGGUCCUCGUCCAAGACGCCUGGUCCGUGCUGUCCGACCCGGGAAAGAAAACCAGGUACGAGAGCGAAAUCGACGGGCCAGAAAAGAAAGGGACCGAGAGCGAGAUCAGUACAGAGACAUUCUGGACCCUGUGUCCGUACUGUUACUGCAUGUACGAGUACGAGAAGAUUUACGAGGAGUGUUGCCUGAGGUGUCAGAAUUGUCGGAGGGCGUUUCAUGGGGUGGCGAUCAACGUGCCGCCCAAGAUCGUUCCGGUUGGGGAGGAGAAGUACCAUUGCGGCUGGGUCUGUUUUCCAUUGGGGUAUGAAAAGGGUGCAGAGAAUGAUGGUGAGGGUAAAAACGACGGCGUUCAAGGGAAUGUGCAAAUGAGAAAUGUGAAAACUAAGGCGGGCCGCCGGGUGAUGAAGAACGUGAAGACUGUGGCGAGGAACACCAAGAAGAGAAUGGGGAGAGGGAUGAGGGGUAGGACGAAUGGAAUGGAAAGAAUGAAUUUGAAUGUGGAAUGCGGUGACUCUGGUGAGGAUGAGUUGGAGUUUUCUGAGGGGGAUGAUGAUGUUUUUGUUGGUCUAGUACUGGGUCGGCAGUGA